CCAGCACACAUGCGAGAGAGAAAAACCAAACACAACGGUCAAAGUGUUUGGCAGUUGGCUUUACUGCUCGCCGGAGAGCGGAUUGCUGCGUUGUCACUGCCUGCGGGUCGUCGCCCCCCCAACAAAAAACUGCUGAACUUGUUAUUGCAAUUCGACUCCUUCUUUUUCUUCUUCGCCAUCUCUCCUGAUAGUGAGGGAAUCGCUGACAUCUGUGGGCUAUUCUACACUACUAUGACGAAACAGCCGUCCAAAAAAGUGAUGCUGAUGGCAGCAGCCGCCGUGGGCUUUAUUUGUGCGGUGGGUUUGGCGCUGGCGUUAACCUUCGUGGGUGCUGGAGUCGAUCCUGACCCGCCAUUCGCACCUCCGUCACCCUCUCGCCUGGGCAAAUUCAAAACGGCGGCCGUCAGCUCAGAUGGCACCCCCUGCUCAACUAUUGGACGUGACGUCUUGGCGGAUGGAGGAAAUGCCGUAGAUGCCGCAAUCGCCACGGUCUUUUGCAUCGGUGCAGUCAAUCCCCAGAGCGCCGGAAUCGGCGGAGGAUUUCACAUGACUCUCUACGAUCCCGUAACCCGACAAGCCCGAAGUCUUGAUGCUCGAGAAGUGGCGCCCAUUGCUGCCACCGAAGACAUGUUCAAAGGGAACUCUACUAUCUCUCAAAGAGGCGGUUUGGCCGUUGCGGUACCGGGUGAACUGGCCGGAUAUUGGGCAGCUCAUCAAGAGUACGGCAAAUUACCUUGGUCCCGUUUGGUCCUGCCGACGGCUGAAAUGGUCGAGAAAGGAGUUCCAGUCAACAGCCACCAGGCAAACUCGUUACAAGGGGAAAAGAAAAUUGUUUUGGCCGAGCCUUCCCUCCAGAUCUUUGUGAACGAGAAGACGGGCAAAGUGAAAAAAGAAGGCGACAUAGUCAAGAAUCCAGCCCUUGCACAGACUUUGAGAAUGAUCGCCCGUGCUGGCGUUGGAGUCUUUUACAAUGGAACUCUAGGCGACAGGUUGGUGGAAGACAUUCAGCGAAAAGGUGGAAUUAUUACCAAACAAGAUCUGAUGCAAUAUCGCCCCGACUGGAAGGAUCCCAUCAAAGUGGAGUUGCACAACAAUAUGACAUUGUACUCUAUGCCGCCUCCAGGAUCAGGAGUUUUGACCGCCUUCAUUCUCAACAUUCUCGACGGUCAUCUUAUCGGGGAAAAGACGGGGAAGCAAUCCCGUGAUCCCACGAAUUACCACCGGAUUGCGGAGGCCUUCAAACACGCCUACGCCCAGCGCACCAAACUGGCUGAUCCUCGUUUCGUUCCCGAAGUGAAUGAGUUGACCAAAAAUCUGUCGUCGGAAGCUCUGGCCGCUGAAACCUACGCUAAAAUCAAUGACUUGCUGACUUCCAACGACCCGGCAUUCUACGGAGCGGUUACCUACAAUCCAGACGAUCAAGGCACUUCUCACAUUUCUGUUCUGGACGGUAACGGAAUGGCCGUCGCCAUCACUUCAACGGUGAAUUUAAGGUUUGGCGCUGGGUGGAUCUCGGAGCAGACGGGCAUCCUGAUGAAUGACGAAAUGGACGACUUCUCCUCGCCCAACGUGACCAAUUACUUUGGAGUACCACCCAGUCCAGCCAACUUCAUAGUACCGGGCAAGCGGCCCUUGUCGUCCAUGACACCCACCAUCAUCGUCAAUUCGCUGACCGGUAAAGUUCGCUCCGUAAUAGGAGCUGCUGGCGGCACUAAAAUCACCACGGCAACCGCCUACGCAAUUAUUCGAAACCUAUGGUUCGGUGAAACAAUCAAAGAGGCCAUCGACAGUCCGAGGAUGCACCACCAAUUGUUCCCAAUGAAUUUCCAGUACGAAAACGGAUUCCCAAUGGACAUUGUCAGGAACAUGACGGCGAGGGGACACAAUGUAACUGGCGGGGAGUACGCUGGUGGAGCUGUCAUUUGCGGAAUCACGGUGGAGGCGGACGGAUUCAUUUACGCCAAUUCCGAUUGGAGGAAGAGCGGAGACGUGGACGGUCUCGAUCCAGUCAAUUGAUAAAAGAUUGCCAAUUUAUUAGUUUCAAUGCCAACGGGGGUGUGUGUAUAGAUUAUGCCAAUGUUGUCGACCUACCAUUUUCCUGUUUGUUAAGUAUUUUUUCAAAAUAAAAAUGUCGACAUUU